AUGAACGUGGAGAGGAGUACAACAGUUUCAAGCGGAAGGAGACCUUUGGAUCAAGAUGAGUUGGCGUUUAGAAGGGCGGCAUUACGGUCCGCCGUGCUUUGUGUAGGAUGGAUGAAAUUAAUAUCUGCUAUAUGCUUUAUAAUAUUAUAUUUUCUUGUAUUUACUCAGAGCAAGGAGUCAAAUAUGUCAAAAGUUAUACAAUGAAUGAUAUUGGCGAUUAUUCCCCUAAUCAUUAUUAACGGGUUGUUUUUAUUUCUGGGUGCACUAGAGGGGAGAAUAUGGGCGCUCGAGAUCGGCGUUUGGCUCUGUCUCUCGAUAGCGACGUAUAACUCGGUGCUGGGGGUGAUGGGCGCAUUGCACUUCGUCCGGACCGGACAUUUGACAAUGCACUUUAUGCUCGCACUUAUAUUUGCUGUUUUGGCGAUAUCACUUUUCGGUGUCAUGUGCCACGAUGUUCUAUUGAUCUAUACCUACAAAAGGCAUCUUAGAUCAUCUGUAAUAUUAUAG